AUGGCUUGUGAUGUUCUGUUGAAUCUUUGUCCCACGUGUGAGACACUUGGCACUCAACAUAAACAAAAACCGGGUGUUUUAUUAUGUGUUGGAUGUCAAAAACAUUUUUGUGUUGAACAUUGUGUACAACAUCGUCAAUAUCUCACCGAUUUAUUUCAUAAUGCCGUUGCCAAUGAAAGAAAUGCAUUGCAUGAAAAAUUUUCAGAAGAAUUCGGUCAACAGUGGUUUGCCGAUUUCAAAAUACAAUUAGAGAAAAUCAAUAAAUGGGAGUUAGACACAAUUGAACUGAUUCAACAAUCAGCCGAUUGUGCACGCAAAGAACUACAUGAAGCAGCUUUUAAAGAAUACGAGAAUUUAAAACAACAAUUUUCUACAUUAACUGAUAAAAUCAAUAAAUUGCGUGAGAAUGAAAAUUAUUUUGAAAACGAUAUUGACCAAUUAACAAAACAGUUUCAACAGCUGAAAGACAACCUAGAACAUAUUCCUAUUGACAUUAACAUCAGUCGUUUGCCGAAAGAAUUAGUUUUAGUUCAAAAAAUCGUUCAACCACCUGUUUCCCUUACUUCAUCUGUUCACUAUGUCGAUCAACUUCUUACAUUAAACAAACCAAAGAAAUCCAUCGGUCUCUUACCAACAAAACUUGGUUUUAUGUGUCCAAUCAGAGAUUUAUUGAUUUCAUUUUUGUCUAAAAAUGAAUUACCUGCCGUCAAUGCUAGUGAUGGCUCGUGGAUCAGCUUGCAUUCAAUAAACGAUGUUAACGAAUUUGAGUGGUGUGAUUACCUACAAUUAUUUUUAAUUUUACAAUAUGAUUCAUGCUCAUGUUUGAGUAGAAUAUAUCAUUUUGAUCCAUUUUCUGGAACAUAUGAAGAAAUUUUGAACAACACAGCAGAUCGCUAUACCUGUUCGACUCGUAACAUCACGACGUUCACGUGUUUUGAGAAGCACAUUCUAAUCGUUAGAAACAAUAAAAUCGAAAAGUGGUUAGCAAAUGAUAGGAAUUGGUAUUCUAAUAACCAAUCUCCGACUUCAUGGUUGCCACCAAUUUCAUGUGGAUCUGAUGAAUCAAUAAAAUGUAUUCGAAUGAAUGACUUACACUAUGCACUCAUAAUCGAAAACAAGUGUUUUCAGCAGAAGAAAGUUACCGCUUCCUACUAUUUUGAAUUAAGAAACCAUGGCAUGUCAAUACUUCAUCGUAUAAAAAUAAAUUAUUAUAAUCCUCUUCUGAACAAGUGUUUAUUUAGCUUACCGGAUAAAUCUGGCUGGCUAUUCUUUCUUCGAGCGAAUGAAAAAUCUUAUUGUUAUGUACUUGACAAUAAUGUUAAGCGAUACGAACAAAACGUCGUUCUAUCAUCAAAAGUAAUCGACAUUGCUGUGCACAAUAACUUAAUUUUUCUUCGAAAAAUAGAAGACAUAAGUAACAAAGAGAUCGUCGAUAUUUAUGAGUGGCACAUGUGAAAAUUUUUAAAGAUAUACGGACCGUUCACUCAAACAUCCAUUUUAAAGAAAUAACAACAUCUGUAUGCUUUCAUACUUAUGCUCAAUUUAGACUUUGCUUGAAAGGAGAUACACGCUUACGGAUCAUGUUUUGUAUUUAUUGAAGAAAGUGAAUGUGGUUAGUAUUUGUGUGUGCGACGUUGCGAAUGUGGUUUUAGCUCUUCAUCUUAUCUUACAGUGAAUACUAAAGGUGCUCAACACUUUUCGUUUAUGAAUAUUUUUUAUUUUUUUUUUAUUUCAAACUUUCCUUAUUACUCCAUAUCGGUAGGACACGCUAACAGGGUGUGGGUGUGGGUGUGGGUAGGGUGUGGGUGUGGGUGUGGGUGGUGUGAGUGUGGGUGUGUGGGUGGGGGUGGUGUGGGAGUGGGUGUGUGGGUAUGGGUGGCGUGGGUGUGGGUGUGGGUGUGGUUAUUGAUAGUGAAAGAGAGAACAUCCACACUCACACUCACACUCACACCCACACCUCACACCCACACCCACCCCACUCCCACACCCACACCCACCCACAUCCACACACCCACACCCACGCCUACACCCACACCCACCCACACCCGCACACUCACACCCACACCACCCACACCCACACCCUUUUUUUUUAAAUAAGAGUGGAGUCAAUAAUGAGAAAAAAGCUUACGUUGAAUGUACAAACAACAUUCCACAUAAUGUUCAUUAGUCUUAUAGCUCUAAGAGAAUUCAAAUAGUUGAUAUUGAGUUUAUUGAGCGAAUAUUGUGAAUUAGACUGUAUUGAUUUAGGGUGUGGAUGCUGGUGAGUCGUUCAUAUGACUGACGCCCAUACCCACACCUACAUCCAAAAUGGAUACAAUGAUACCACUAUCGUAAGCAUACGAAAAUUACAUUCAGUUCCGUAAACCAUCAUUUAUUUUCAUGUGGAAAUGGAGUUCAGAAGAUCUAUUCUUGUAAUUGAUGAUACA